AUGGCGGAAGUGAAGCGGUGGAGCAUUACCUACACCAAGCACAUGAAGCAGAAGCGCAAGGUUUACCAGGACGGUUUCUUAGAGCUCAACACCUCCGUUAAUAAGGUGUUGCUGUACGACGAUUGUGAGAAGCUCUUGGAGUGCAGGCUCUUGAAGAAAGACGAAGAAGUUAGCUCCGGCGAAACACUCACAUUCAAUGCUUUUCUUGUUGACGUGAACGAAGCUGAUUCAGCCGAAGGAGAUCGCAAGCCUGUACCUGGUUUUAAUUCUCAAGCAAAAGAUACGAAAUUUAAUGAGAAACGCGCAAAGCCGUUUGUGAAUACAAGGAAUAAGCCGCAGCCAAAUUUGAGCCCGUCGCAAAAGAUAAUUAGAGAGUUUAAGAAUAGGGAACUGCACAAGUAUGGUGCAGCACAAAGUAGUCCAGAAACGAUGAAAACUAGCAAAACAGUUUCUGGGUCUUAUGGAAAGCAGGUUGACUUAUCCUACUACCCAUCUGUUCUUAUUUGCAAUCUCAAGUUUUCCUAUAAAUCCGUAGGCCACUCCUCACUUAUGGAAAUAAUACUGUUGGAUGAAAGCAGGAAUCUCUUAGAUAGCAGGUUCCUUAAGAAAGAUGAAGUCCUAGCAUCCGGUGAAUCAAUAGGAUUUAGUGCUCAUUUAGUUGAAAUUGGAGAAUGUGAAGGAGAUAAUAAACCCGGGAAAAAUUUGCAUUUCAAAGAAAAUAAACGUAAUGUUGUUAGAGAGGCAGGAGUAAAGCAUGAACAAAGUAAUGGUGUUAUCACUGAUAAAGCUGCUGAGAAAGAAUGGAAGGUCCUGUACACUACACAAUUAACCCAAAAGGCCAAAAAGUACCAUGAUGGCUUCUUAAAACUAGCAAUGUGUGGCUCCCAAAGGAGGCAGGCCAUGCUGUUUGAUGCGACUAAGAAACUCAUAGAUAGCAAGUUCCUCAAAAAAGAUGAAGAUAUAAGAUCUGGUGAAUCAUUUACAUUUGAUGCUCAUUUGGUUGACAUUGGAGAACCUGAAGGAAACCAUGAAGCUUUGGUAGAUUUGAAAUUUCGAGGAAAAGACGAUUGCUAUGUCCAGGAAACAAGGAAAUUAGGUGGUGGAGAUGAUUGUGUUAUAGUCAAUAAUUUUGAAGUAAAAGAGUGGCAUGCUCUAUACACCACUCAGAUUACUCAAAAGGCCAAGAAGUACCAUGGUGGCAUUCUCAGACUUGACUUUUCUGGUUCUUACCGUAAGAAGGUUGUUUACAUUUAUCUUGAGCUCCAUGUUAGUUUACUUAGUGAAGACAAAACCAUGCUGAGCAGUAAGUAUAUCAGUUUGUCAGAAGAUAUAAGAACAGGAUGCAUGUUUGAGCUGCCAAAAUAUUUGGUGGAGGUUGGUAGACUAUAUACAAGUUCUGGAGGUGAAGGAAAACCUCACAACAAAGAUUAUUUGAGGAAAGCUUCAGAGUCAAAUCUUAGCAUCUCUAGUGUAGAGGAAACGAGAUCAAGCAGGGCAGUCCAUACAAACAAGCCUUUACGUGAUGCCAAUCAGAUUUUGUCCAUUCUCCAAAGACCUAUGGCUCAGGAGAGGAUAGUUUCAGGCCAUGCUGAUAACAGCACAGCAAGACCAAUUGCCUCCACUAAGGAGUCUCGAGUUUCAGAUGCUAUAAUAGUGAAUUUCUCUGAAGAUGCUCGACCAUCACAACCACAUAGAUCAGUUGAAAGUAUAGAGCAAAGUGAAAAUAUGGACAUUGGAAACCCCCCUGAUCCUAUGUCUUUCAAAGGCAAGUCUUAUCAGAACUCAAUAUCCAGUGGUAGUGGCAGUCAAGUAGCUGAUGGAAUCAACAUGAGAAACUCCGACCAGUUUUGUCCAGGACAUGUGAAAGUUGACACCAGACAGCAUGACACAGCAUAUACUUCCGACAAAUCGAGUUUGAGUUCUUGCGUUUCUCAUGAUGCUGCGGAUGAGAAAAGUAGUUCUGAGGAGCCUACUUGUGAGCAAAUUGAAGAAUGCCCUAGUUUUGAUCUUGGAUUUUAA